UUCUUCAGUCAAUACCUUCGCUUCGAUUCUGUCAUAUUCCAUUCCUCAAUUUCAAGCAAUACCCAUCUUUUUUUUUUCUGGACUCUUCUUAUUAUUCUUCUUCUUCUCAUUGAUCGUCAAGCAAGGCUCUGUUUUUGGUUUCUUCUCUAAUUGCACAAAUGGCAGCACCAAUAGUGGAUUCAGAGUACUUGAAGGAGAUAGAGCAGGCUCGUCGGGACCUUCGUGCUCUUAUGUCCAGCAAAAACUGCGCCCCUCUCAUGCUUCGCUUAGCGUGGCAUGACGCGGGAACUUACGAUGCGAAAACGAAGACUGGAGGACCUAAUGGUUCCAUCAGGAACGAGAAAGAGUACAAACAUGAAGCUAAUAAUGGUCUUAAAAUUGCUAUUGAUUUGAUGGAGGAAAUCAAGGCCAAACACCCCAAACUUACGUAUGCGGACCUCUAUCAGCUUGCUGGGGUUGUUGCAGUUGAGAUCACUGGAGGACCAACUAUCGACUUUGUUUCAGGAAGAAAGGAUUCAACUGAAUCUCCUGAAGAAGGUCGUCUUCCUGAUGCAAAAAAGGGUGCAACGCAUUUAAGAGAUGUCUUUUAUCGAAUGGGUCUAUCAGACAUGGAAAUUGUGGCACUCUCUGGCGGUCACACAUUGGGAAAGGCACAUAGAGAUAGAUCAGGCUUCGAAGGUGCUUGGACAAAGGAGCCUUUGAAGUUUGACAACUCCUACUUCAAGGAGCUUUUGAAUGAAAAUUCCGAGGUAUUAAAACUCCCCACGGAUAAGGCUCUGGUGGAAGAUCCCAAGUUCCGCUCUUAUGUUGAGCGAUAUGCAAAGGAUGAGGAUGCAUUCUUUACAGACUAUGCCGCAGCGCACAAGAAACUGUCGGAGCUGGGCUUUACUCCGGCUUUCAAAGCUGCAAAGUUUACACUUCGUGCACAGAGUGCUGUGGGAGUUGCUAUAGUUGCAGCUAUGGUAAUAUUAAGUUACUAUUACGAGGUUCACAAAAGACUCAAGUGAAGUAUCUGGAGAUCUUCUAAAGCAAUUGCCAUUUGCCCAAAUGUAGAUCCUGAUCAAACCCGGAUAUAGUUACUGGAUUCAUAAGAAAUUGUGAUUUGUAAAUAUAGCACGGAGAAAUCUUCCUUAUUGUUUCAUAAGAUAAAUAAAAGGGUUAAAUAAUACAUGCUCU